CCUACCCUUUGGACUGGUUAUUGGCUGGUUCCUGUCUGUGGAAGACUUCGUGGUUCUCCCACCGUUUUCUCAUCCUUUAUUUUCAGCCAGUGCGAGACAUUGGCUCUGAUUAAGCAACGGCUCGUGACCCGGGGUGAUGGAGAGCGCCCCUGCAAGGGGUGGACUGAACCGAGCACACCUACAAUGUAGGAAUCUACAGGAGUUCUUAGGGGGCCUGAGCCCUGGGGUGCUGGACCGAUUGUAUGGGCACCCAGCCACUUGUCUGGCUGUCUUCAGGGAGCUCCCUUCUCUGGCGAAGAAUUGGGUGAUGCGGAUGCUUUUUCUGGAGCAGCCUCUGCCGCAGGCUGCAGUGGCCCUGUGGGUGAAGAAAGACUUCAGCAAGGCUCAGGAGGAGAGUACAGGGCUCCUUAGUGGCCUCCGCAUUUGGCAUACGCAGCUGCUCCCUGGUGGACUCCAGGGCCUCAUCCUCAACCCCAUCUUCCGCCAGAACCUCCGAAUUGCCCUUCUGGGUGGGGGCAAGGCCUGGUCUGAUGACACAAGUCAGCUGGGACCAGACAAGCACGCCCGGGACGUCCCCUCACUCGACAAGUACGCCGAGGAGCGCUGGGAGGUGGUCUUGCACUUCAUGGUAGGCUCCCCCAGUGCAGCCGUCAGCCAGGACCUGGCCCAGCUCCUCAGCCAGGCUGGGCUUAUGAAAAGCGCUGAACCUGGAGAGCCGCCCUGCAUCACUUCUGCUGGCUUCCAAUUCCUGCUGCUGGACACGUCUGCCCAGCUCUGGUACUUCAUGCUGCAGUAUCUGCAGACAGCGCAGAGUCGGGGCAUGGACCUAGUGGAGAUUCUCUCCUUCCUCUUCCAGCUCAGUUUCUCUACUCUGGGCAAGGACUACUCCGUAGAAGGUAUGAGUGAUUCUUUGUUGAACUUCCUGCAACACCUGCGUGAGUUCGGACUCGUUUUCCAGAGGAAGAGGAAGUCCCGGCGUUACUACCCCACGCGCCUAGCCAUCAACCUCUCGUCUGGCGUCUCUGGGGCUGGGGGCACUGUGCACCAGCCGGGCUUCAUUGUCGUGGAAACCAAUUACCGACUGUAUGCCUAUACCGAGUCGGAGCUGCAGAUCGCUCUCAUCGCCCUCUUCUCUGAGAUGCUGUAUCGGUUCCCCAACAUGGUGGUGGCACAGGUGACCCGGGAGAGCGUGCAGCAGGCCAUUGCCAGUGGCAUCACAGCCCAGCAGAUAAUCCAUUUCCUAAGGACAAGGGCCCAUCCAGUGAUGCUCAAACAGACUCCUGUGCUGCCUCCCACCAUAACAGACCAGAUUCGGCUGUGGGAGCUGGAGAGGGACAGACUUCGUUUCACUGAAGGCGUCCUGUAUAACCAGUUCCUGUCGCAAGUGGACUUUGAGCUGCUGCUGGCCCACGCGCGGGAGCUGGGCGUGCUGGUCUUCGAGAACUCGGCCAAGCGGCUGAUGGUGGUGACGCCGUCCGGGCACAGCGACGUCAAGCGCUUUUGGAAGCGGCAGAAGCACAGCUCCUGAGCCGGCCGGAUCUGGGCCCGAACGGACGAGCGGGAGGGCAGCUUUCCAACUCAGAUGUAUUUUGUUUACACACCAGGACAUUUCUUGUUUAAUAAAAUUAAGGAAAA